AUGACAACUUCUGUCUAUGUUUCAGGUGCCAGUGGAUUUAUCGCACAACAUGUGGUGCAACAAUUGAUCGAAAAAGGGUACCAUGUCGUGGGUUCUGUGAGAAGUAAAGCCAAGGGUGAGCUUCUUGUAUCGCAGUUUGGAAGCUCAUUUGAGUAUGAAAUUGUUGAAGACAUAGCCAAGAGCGGGGCGUUUGACGAAUCGUUGAAGAAGCAUCCGGAAGUAACUGUUUUUCUCCACACUGCUUCACCAUUUCACUUUGAGGCAACGGACAUUGAAAAGGAGUUGUACAUUCCUGCUGUUGAAGGAACUACUAAUGCUUUGAAAGCCAUUGAGCAGUAUGGACAACUGAUUACCCGGGUGGUGGUCACCUCCUCUUUCGCAGCAUUAAUAAAUCUUGAUAGAGAAAGUGAUCCAACAUUGACAUACACCGAAGAGGAUUGGAACCCUUUGUCGAAAGAGGAUGGUCUCAAAAACGCUUGGUUAGGAUACGUCGUAUCCAAGAAAUUGGCUGAGAAAGUGGCUUGGGACUUUGUGAAAGAAGCUAAACCUAAAUUCGAUUUGACAGUAGUCAAUCCGACUUACGUUUAUGGCCCGCAAGCCUUCCAAUCGGGCAUCAAGGACAAGCUUAAUACUUCUUCUGAGCUCAUUAACUCAGCUUUGAAGAUGGGCCCUAAUGACGAGGUACCUCCAGUUACUGGGCCUUAUAUUGAUGUUAGAGACGUUGCUGCAGCCCAUUUGGUAGCUUUUGAAAAAGACGAAGCUAAGAAUCAACGGUUGGUUAUGGCUGAUGGGCGGUUUACGUAUCAAGACUUUUUGGAUAUCAUUCACAAGCAUUUUCCACAAUUAUCGAAGAAUUUGCCUGUUGGAAAACCGGGCUCCAGUAAAGAGCAGCUUGCAAACAGCGCAAAGUUGAAUUUCUCCAAAACUGAAAAGAUUCUUGGUUUCAAGUACAUUGGGUUGGAGCAAUCAGUGGUUGAUAGCGUCAAGCAAAUUGUUGAAACAGAGAAGUGA